AUUUGCCUCCCUUUUCUCUCUUCAAGCCGUUCUACUCAAUUCCCAUCCAAACACACCCAAAGAAAAAAACUUCUCUCUCUCUCUCUAUCUCUCUCACUAAAACCAUCACAUGGGUGAGAAAGAAGAAACCAAGAAGGAUGGUGCAGAGAAUAAGAAUGAAGGAGGUGAUAAGAAGGGCGGUGGCGACGCCGUUCCCGCCGCCGCCCCCAAGGCGGAGAAGAAGGAGGAUGGGCCGCCGCCCGUCGUGUUAAAGCUCGACUUGCAUUGUGAAGGCUGUGCCAAGAAAGUCAGACGCUCAAUCCGCCAUGUUGAGGGAGUGGAAGAAGUAAAGGCGGAUUGGGAGACCGGAAAAGUGACCGUGAAAGGGAACGUGGACCCCAUAACGCUCCGGGACAGGGUUGUCAAAAAAACCAAGAAACAAGUGGUGCUUGUAUCUCCGCAGCCCAAACCUGCCGCUGCCGCCGACAAGAAGUCCGAUGACAAGCCGGAGAAAGCCGAGGAAAAGAAACCCAAAGAGCCACAAGUAAGCACGGUGGUAAUGAAGAUCCGAUUGCACUGCGAUGGAUGUGCACAUAAGAUAAAAAGAAUCAUAAAGAAAUUCGAAGGCGUUGAAGAUGUGACGGUCGAUUCACAAAAAGAUUUGGUCACGGCAAAAGGAACAAUGGACGUCAAAGAGCUGACCGCCUAUUUGAGUGAAAAAUUGAAGCGGAGCGUGGAGGUUGCGCCGCCCAAAAAGGACGACGGCGCCGGCGGCGAGAAGAAGGCGAAAGAAGGCGGCGGCGGCGAGAAGAAGGAGAAGGAAGGCGGCGGCGAGAAGAAAGAAAAGGAAGGCGGCGGCGAGAAGAAAGAAAAAGAAGGCGGGGGCGACGAGAAAAAAGCUGACGGCGGUGGAGAGGCGGCGAAGGCGGUGGCGGCGGAGGUGGUGAACAAGAUGGAGUACGGCGGGUUUCAUCCAAACACGUACUACGUCACACCAAUGUACAACCAAAGUUACCACAAUCAAGACUAUGGUUUAAUGAUGCAUCAUGAUCCUAGUUCUGCCCAAAUGGGAUACGCUUACGCGCAACCGUAUCCGCGCGUGCCGCCUCCGCCUCCGCCGUCGUACAUCAACGCGCCUCCGGCUCACAUGUUCAGCGACGAAGAUCCCAAUGCUUGCUCCGUCAUGUGAAUGGGGACAACCUUGUAAAUACGAGUCGUAUAGAUCGAGAUCAGAUAAAACCAAAUAUAUACGAAACCGUAUAUAUAUACGAGAAGUUUAAUUAAGCAUAAAGAAACAGAUUAACCGCCGUUAACGGCGGUUUAAUCAGUUUCAUUUGCUAUGUUGCCUUUAUUUAUUUGUUAUUACUAUUGUCAAAUUAGUUGCUAAUUAAUAUAAUAUUCAAUUUUGUGUCA